GAAUUUAAGGAGCUGUCAUAUUUUGCUGGUUUGUAGCCUGUGCAAUCAGAAGACUCAAGGAUUGCUUAGUUGCAUGAAUAACAAGCUAUGGAUUCUGUGUCUCUGCGUGUGACACUAAAUGAUGGUCACUUCAUCCCUGUACUGGGGUUUGGAACCACUGUGCCUGAUAAGGUUCCUAAGGAUAAACUUAUCAAGGCAGCCGAAAUAGCUAUAGAUGCUGGAUUCCGCCAUUUUGAUUCUGCUUAUUUGUAUCAAAUAGAAGAAGAAAUAGGACAGGUCAUUAGAAGCAAGAUUGCAGAUGGUGUUGUGAAGAGAGAAGACAUAUUCUAUACUUCAAAGCUUUGGGGCACAUUCCAUCGACCAGAAUUGGUUCAAUCUUGCUUGGAAAUGUCAUUGAAGAAAGCUCAAUUGGACUAUGUUGAUCUGUAUAUUAUUCAUUUCCCAAUACCUCUGCAGCCUGGAGAUAAGAUUAUUCCAAAGGACGAACAUGGAAAUGUGUUGAUAGACCCAGUGGAUCUCUGUGACACAUGGGAGGCCAUGGAGAAGUGUAAGGACGCAGGACUGGCCAAGUCUAUUGGGGUGUCCAAUUUUAACCGCAGACAGCUGGAGAUGAUCCUGAACAAACCAGGGCUCAAGUACAAGCCUGUGUGCAACCAGGUAGAAUGCCAUGUUUAUCUCAACCAGAGCAAAAUGCUCGACUAUUGUCAGUCAAAAGACAUCGCUCUGAUUGCCUACUGUACACUGGGAAGUUCACGAGACCCAUUAUGGGUGGAUCAAAACAGUCCAGUUCUCUUAGAUGAUCCAGUUAUUUGUGCCAUGGCGAAAAAGUACAAGCAAACUUCAGCAUUGGUUGCCCUUCGUUACCUGUUGCAACGUGGAAUUGUGGUCCUGGCCAGGAGUUUCAAUGAAGAGAGGAUCAAAAAGUUCAUGCAGGUUUUUGAAUUCCAGUUGACUACAGAGGACAUCAAAGUCCUAGAUGGCUUGAACAGAAAUUUAAGAUACAAUUCUGCACAUUUUUUUGAUGGACAUCCCAAUUAUCCAUUCACUGAUGAGUAUUAACGUGGAGGCUCUUGUCAGAAUUCCUACCACAAGAUUUGUUUAUGUAUCAUGGCAUGAGAGAUGUCUUGGAUACUGGCGGUUGAACAUAUCACUUCUUAUCAGAUCACCUUGUCUCGUCAAUUCACUUCUCCAGAGCUGUGUGGGAAGUCUGAAAGAUAACAUCAAGAUUUUUAGUUCAAAGAUCCUUGUGUUUUGAAAGACUGAUUUAUUUUUGCUUUACAUAUAUGAGUGUCUUGCCUACAUGUAUGUGUACCUAGUGAAUGCCUGUGUCUAUAGAGGGGAGGAGAGGGUGACAGAUCACCUGGAACUGGAGUUACAGAUGGUUGCGGGUCACCAUUUGGAUACUCGAAGACAAAUUUGAGUCUUCUGUAAAAGCAGCAAGCCUUUAAAAACUUUGACAUUUCUCCAGGCCCUACCCUAUAGAUUCUUUCCUGCCUCUACUUCUGUUAUUUCUUCUGACUCUUGACACCAACCUGAUUCACCUAGAAGUCUUGGGCAGGAGAUAGGAGAUGAGGACAGUCAUUUAAGAGACAUUUUUCAGUAACAGUUGGAAGAAUUUUCAACAUUUAUGGAGUUAACAGUGAGAAGUAAUUGAUAAGUAAUACUCCUCAAAUCUGUUGAGAAAGAAGUGAGUACUUUGCAUUUAUUCCACUCUUAGUUUGGAGGUGAAGCACAUGUGGCAGGGGUGACCAAGAGUCCCAGGCCUCCCUUCAUUAAUCCAAGGACCAGAGCUCCAAGAGUAAGUUUUCCUUGUGGGAAGGCUGAGAGGCUGGUAAGAAGAGAAUCAUCUAAAAGAAUCAUCAUAACUCAUAUGUGGGGAGACUGAGGAAAAAGCUGAACAAGUCUCUGGAAAAUACAUCUUUUAUUUUUUUGAUAGGUACAUGUUACAGGUAGAAGGAAAUUCUACAUAUUUUAUCCAAGACCAAGAGCUAGAUUUGAUAUUUGUAUUUUCAAAGGUUUCAGAAUUUGCCUUAUUGAGCUUUGGUAGGAAAAAUUAAUUCACAUGAAUCUAAAUUCCAUAUUCAUCAAAUUUUCUCGAUUUAAAAGUUGAUUUGUGAAACUUGAUCUUUUAUGUUUAUAGACAAGCAAGUUAGACUUAUAAAGUAUCUCCAAUAUAUUAAAUUGUGUUGUUAUCAAAUUAAUAUUAAAAGGACAUAUAAUUGAUGAGAUAAAUUCUUUAAAUUUUCAAAAGUUAUUUGAAAUACUUUAUUUGAAUCAGGAUAUUGUUGUAAAAAUUGUUAAAUUUUAGCAAUAUCUUUUUUUUAAAUUUUAGCAAUAUCUUUUGCACAAAGAAUAUCUUAGAGAAAUCAGAGAGGAAAGGUGAUAGUGUUGUGUUUACAGAAGAUCCAGAAGAAUGUGGACAUAAAUUAAAAAUAUUAUUUACCAAGUUUCAAGGAUACAGUUGAACUUGUAUAUUUCAUUAAUAAAUAUCCCAAAUAAGAAUUUUUGAGACAGUUUCUCAUUAUAUACCCCUGGCUAGUCUGGAACUUGCUAUGUACACAAGGCUCACCUGGAACUCAUAGAGAUAUACCCACUCCUGUCUACCUCUAGAAUGCUGAGAUUAAAGCCAUUAUACCUAUGUAUUUGAAGUCUCUUAAAGAAAAGGGAAACAUUAUCCAAAAGCAAUAAAAUUACUAGUUACCUAUUAAUUAACCUAAUGAAAUAUGAAUGAAUAACAAACUAAAAUUCUGUGAAAUGUGCUGAUACAAUGAAGCUGUCAUAUUCUUAUUAAUGAAUGAAAUAAAAAUCUUUUAUAAUGGG